GAAAUCCAUUAUUUUUCUUCUUUCUCUUUCGAGCAACAGAUGCACACCGAAAUUUCCAACAAUUGAUUGCCCAUUAGAACAGGGAAUGCGAAAACCUGGUGUUUUGUUCCUCCGCAUUCCCUGUGUCCAUUCAAGGGGAAACUUGAACGAUACGGAAAACCUUUGAAAGCCUUCUCAUCCUUGUUCAUAGAUCGAAUACCAAGUUCAUAUUUUGUCACUGAUAUUCUAUUUUAGCUUCUGAAUUUUUGUGGAAAAAUUGCAUUUCAAGUGGCCAAGGAUGACAAUUGCAAGUGCUUUUCCGGAGGAAAUGAGCAAGGGAAAGGGAAAGCAUGUUCUUGAAGAAAACGCUCCCUUGCUGCCCAGCUUGCAGAAAGAGGAUGGAGAAUUUAAUGAAUUUAAUGGAGCUUCUUUUCCUGGUGCCGUGUUUAAUCUCUCGACUACAAUUGUGGGAGCUGGAAUCAUGUCUCUUCCAGCCACCAUGAAAGUGUUGGGCUUGGUUCCAGGGAUACUUAUGAUUGUGUUUUUUGCAUUCCUGACUGAGGCUUCAAUAGAGUUCUUGAUCAGGUUCAGUCGAGUUGGGAAGUCGGUUUCUUAUGGUGGUGUCAUGGGUGAUUCUUUUGGAAAGAUUGGGAGGAUGCUGCUUCAGAUUUGUGUGAUUGUAAAUAAUGUUGGUGUGAUGAUUGUCUACAUGAUUAUUAUUGGUGAUGUGCUCUCUGGUACAUCUUCCAGUGGUGUUCAUCACUCAGGUGUCUUGGAAGGAUGGUUUGGGGAACAUUGGUGGAAUGGGCGUUUCUUUGUUCUUCUUAUAACAACUCUUGUAGUAUUUGCUCCUUUGGCAAGUUUCAAGCGUGUAGAUUCGCUGAGUUACUCGUCGGCAUUGUCCGUUGCUCUUGCUGUAAUUUUUGUUGUGAUCACGGCUGGGAUUGCUAUCAUCAAAUUGCUAAAUGGAAGCAUACCAAUGCCAAAAUUGUUUCCUGCGAUACCGGAUUUGGCAUCUGUGUGGAACCUCUUCACUGCAGUUCCGGUUCUUGUAACAGCUUUUAUCUGCCAUUAUAAUGUUCAUAGCAUAGACAAUGAACUUGAAGACUCCUCCCAGAUAAAGCCCAUUGUGAGGACAUCUCUAGCACUCUGCUCUACUGUUUACAUAGCUACAAGUUUCUUUGGUUAUCUUCUCUUCGGCGAAUCAACCCUUCAUGAUGUGCUUGCCAACUUCGAUGAAAACCUCGGCAUUCCAUAUAGUUUUGUUUUUAGUGAUGUCGUCCGUGUCAGCUAUGCUUUACACCUCAUGCUUGUAUUCCCUAUGAUAUUCCAUGCUUUGAGGCUCAACUUGGAUGGUCUCCUCUUUCCCAAGGCAAGGCCAUUAUCUACUGAUAAUUGCAGGUUCACAGUGAUUUCAGUAGCGCUUCUCUCUCUCAUAUUUUUGGCCGCAAACUUUAUUCCGAGCAUCUGGGAUGCCUUCCAAUUCACUGGCGCUACUGCUGCAGUUUGCAUCGGCUUCAUCUUUCCUGCCGCAAUGACACUUAGGGAUCCCCAUGGCAUUGCAACCUUGCAGGACAAACUUCUAUCUACUUUAAUGAUUAUUCUUGCUGUUCUAUCAAAUGGAGUUGCUAUUUACAGUGAUGCCUCCUCCCUCUUCACCACCACCAAGGCUUCUGAUCAACUUUAAGCUCUUUUAUUGAAGAUAUCAGUUGUUAUAUCAGGAACAAAUAGCUCUGUUCAAUUUUGUGAAAUAAUAAUAAAAUAUUGAAUCGACAUCUUAGUUGAGAUUUAUUGGAUGGCUAUGUAAUUCGAUAUGGAAGGAUUCAAGUGUUGUUGUAGAUAUGAAUUGAGAAGUUGAGAAUGUUGUAAUAUAGUUUUAGUUAUAAUUUGUCUGUGUUGCUUGAAUU